CGACGACACUCUAAAGGUGAAAUCAACUUAACAUUAGCAGUAUCUUAAGAAUUUAAAGGUUAAAAAGAUGGAACCAGCAUCGAAAAGAAAAAAGAUUGCAAAAUCUCCAAUAAAAUGUGGUGUAUGCGGAAAAUCGUUUUCCCAUAAAGAGAGUUUGAUGCGCCAUAAGAGAUCGGUUUAUACUGGAAUGAAAUGGCAUUGCGCCACCUGCAAUAUGGUAUUUUCAAGAAAAGACAACUUCCAACGUCAUAAGCGAAACCAUGAUAAACAAACAGUCCAAAAGGGUGGUGGUGUUACUACGACUAGUACAGAAACAAAUGAAAAGACGGAUCCAUGCAACUUCAAAGCGCUCAAUGGAACGGUUGAAACACAUUCGAUUGAAGCGAAAGGAUUGAAUAAAUUUGAUCCAAUGUCAUUCCUGAAAAGUCAGUACGAUGAUGUUAAAGAUAUCAUUAAGAGUAAAAUUAAAGAAAGAGGUGGAUUGAAGUGGUAUUUAUCCAUGAAGGUUAAAAUGAGCAGGCGAAAGGUAGAUAAUAUAGAAACAGCAGAGCCACAUUUCCGUGGAAAAUGCCAGACCAGUUUAAAAUUGGAGGAUAUAGAUGAAGGAUUGAAGGAGUCUAUAAAAAAGAUGUAUACGUCAUUCAUUGAAUACCAGAGACAAGGGAGUAAUUGGACGUUGGACAAAGUAGUAGAUCUUACCAUACACAUGGCACGUUACAGACCCUUAAAAGGCUCAAGUUAUAUUCCCCUUCCAAUCAAACUUAGAUCUAAACAUGCAAUAGUCAAUGUGAAAAACAAAGAUAGCAAAUGUUUCAUGUGGUCGAUUUUGGCAGCAAUGUACCCAGCGAAACGUGACGGAGAGCGAGUUUGGAAGUACAAGGAACACACUUUAGGCUUAAACUUUGAAAACAUCUUGUUUCCUGUGAAAUUAACAGACAUACCAAAGUUCGAAAUGCAGAAUGAAAUAUCUAUCAAUGUGUUUGGGUUUAACAAAGGCGAGAUAUUCCCGAUACACAUUUCAAAACAUCAGUAUGCACAACAUGUUAAUCUACUCAUGAUUUCGGACAACAAAAAAUCACAUUAUUGCUGGAUAAAAGAUCUUAAUCGGUUAUUAGGUGACCAGCACACACAUCACGGACGACAUUUUUACUGUCCAUACUGCUUGCAUGGAUUUACCAAAAAAAGAAUAUUAAACAACCACCUACCAUACUGUCAAACCCACAGACCACAGAAAAUUGAACUCCCAACUGAGGACAAUAAGUGGUUACAUUACAAAGAUAUUCGGAAACAGCUCAAGGUACCAUAUAUCAUAUAUGCAGAUUUUGAGUGUCUUCAAGAACCAAUUUUGGAUAGCAACAAAUGUGAUCAGAAGACGAAAAAGACAACAAAACAUGUACCGUGUGGCUUUGCUUACAAAGUGGUGGGUCUGACACCUGAAAUGUCAAAUGAACCAGUAGUAUAUCGGGGUGCAGAUGCUGCCUAUAAAUUUGUGGAGUGUAUGGUACAAGAACAAGAAGAAAUAGAACAGAAAUUUAAGCAUUGCGAACCCAUGAUCAUGACUGGGAGUGAUUGGCAGUCAUUUAAGAAGGCAACUCAUUGCCACAUAUGUAAAAAGGAACUGACAGAGAAAAGAGUUAGAGAUCAUUGUCAUGUGACCGGAAAAUUUAGAGGGGCGGCUCAUAACGACUGUAACAUCAAUUAUAAGUUUACGGGUCGAAUUCCAGUUGUGUUUCAUAACCUUAGAGGAUACGAUAGCCAUUUGAUAAUGCAAGCUAUUGGAAAAGUUGAAGGGAAAAAGCUGAAUUGCAUUGCUAAUAAUAUGGAAAAGUAUAUAUCUUUUUCAUUGGGAUGUAUGGAUUUUAUAGACUCGCUCCAGUUCAUGUCUUCAUCUUUACAAAAACUUGUAGAAAACCUUGCCAAGGAAGGUUCUAGUAAAUAUAGGCACAUGACAAGCCACUUUGGAGAAGAAAAAAUACACCUACUUCUGCGUAAACAAGUAUACCCAUACGAGUACUUUGAUUCCGAGGCAAAGUUUGUGGAAACUCAACUACCACCGAUUGAAUCUUUUUACAGUACAUUAUCGGGAGAAGGUAUAACCACGCUGGACUAUGCACAUGCACAACACGUAUGGCAAUUGUUUAACAUACAGAAUCUCGGACAAUACCACGAUCUAUACGUACUAUCAGAUGUUCUUGCAUUAGCCGACGUCUUUGAAAAUUUCAGGGAGAUCUGUCUCAACUACUAUGGACUGGAUGCAGCACAUUUUUAUACAUCACCCGGUUUAGCCUGGCAAGCUGCCUUGAAAAUGACAGGAGUCAAGUUGGAAUUACUCACUGACAUAGACAUGCAUUUGUUUAUAGAAAAGGGAUUAAGAGGUGGAAUAUCAAUGAUAUCCCAUCGCCAUGCCAAAGCUAACAAUAGACAUGUACCAAGCUACGAUCCAAAUCAAUCCAUUAAUCACGUGAUGUACCUAGAUGCCAACAACUUAUACGGAUGGGCCAUGUCACAAGCACUUCCAGUUGAAGGUUUCAGAUGGAUCAACGAUUCUGAAAUUGAGAACCUAAACAUAUGUGACAUUGCAGACGACAGUGAAAAUGGUUAUAUAUUAGAAGUUGACUUGGAAUAUCCAAGAGAGCUACACGACGACCACAACGAAUAUCCACUUGCUCCAGAAAAAUUGAAGGUCACAAAUGAUAUGUUAUCACCCUAUGCGAAAAAUCUAUUGGACGAUUUGAGCUUAAAAGGUACCUCAACAGAAAAAUUGAUACCAAAUUUACAUCCAAAGCAAAAAUACGUGGUACAUUACAGAAAUCUAAAACUCUACUUAUCACUUGGAAUGAAACUAACAAAGAUCCAUAAAGUCAUGACAUUUGAACAACGACCCUGGCUAAAGACGUAUAUUGAUUUCAACACAGAGAAGAGAAAGCUUGCAACAAAUGAGUUCGAAAGGGAUUUUUUCAAACUCAUGAAUAAUGCAGUUUUUGGAAAGACGAUGGAAAAUUUAAGGAAGAGAACAGAUAUAAAACUUUUGAAUGACCAAUCAAAGGCCAGAAAAUUAAUCAGCAAACCAACAUUUCAUGCCUUCAAAAUAUUCAACGACAACUUGGUGGCUGUUCACAUGCUGAAACAACGAUUAUACUUAAACAGACCUAUCUACGUGGGAUUCACUAUACUCGAUUUGUCAAAGACACUAAUGUACGAUUUUCAUUAUAAUUACAUAAAGGAUAAAUACGGAUCUAGAGCAACACUCUUGUUUACGGACACUGACUCGCUAUGCUACAACAUCAACACUGAUGAUAUAUAUCAAGAUAUGAUGGAGGACAAACACUUAUUUGAUACGUCAGAGUAUAACCCUGAACAUCGUCUUUAUAACACUUUGAAUAAAAAGGUAUUAGGAAAGAUGAAAGACGAAACACAUGGUAUUCCCAUACAGGAAUUUGUUGGUCUCAAGUCAAAGAUGUACUCAUUGAUAUAUGAAGAGAAUAAAAAACUAUGCGAGAAGAAGACAGCGAAGGGUAUAAAGAAGAGUGUAAUCAAACAUGACACAAGACACGAACAUUAUAAACAAAGUUUAUUCAACAAAGAAAUCCACAUGUCUACCAUGACACAGAUCCGUUCAUACGACCAUACGUUAUAUAAUAUAUCAAUCAACAAACUGGGCUUAUCCCCUUAUGAUGAUAAAAGAUACUUACUAGAUGAUGGGAUACAGAGUCUGGCCUAUGGACAUUGGAGAAUAUAA